GAUGCCUGCUUCUUCCUCAGGCCGAUGCCAGCCUGCUGUCCCACUGCUGUGACUCAGCCUCCCCGGGGCAAGGGGGGCCCGCAUGGGCAGAGGAGCAGCCCACACGGGACCAUGAACUACUGUGAGCUUAUAGCCGAGGCCUGUCCCAGCCAACUGCACGCCAGACUUCACAGCGUACCUCAGUUUCCUCCUGAGAUGUCCCAUCCUGCCCCUGGAGCCACCUGAGUUUUGACUUCAGUUGUGUCCAUGAGGGAUGGCAGCUGUCAGGGGCAAAGCAUCCGGGGGGGUAUUACCCACUUGUAUGGGUUUUGGGGGACAGGAGGAGGCUCUGCUUCAUGCACAGCCCCUGCCAGGACAGGAGGACUUAGGAGAAAAUCUUGUUCAUCCCUUUGCUGAGCAGCCGUGGGGGAGGGCCACUGCUCGUGCUGCAGCCUGGCUAAUUCGGGUGCUGUCAGUUAGUGCUAAUGACCGGCAAAUACUGGAUGGUCUGGCCAGGAUGCUGCACUGCUUUGGUGCUGGGGAACUGCGGGGAUUGAGCCCUCAUCCUCCCUUCCAGCUCCAGGGAGGCUGGAAAGGAGGAUGAGGGCUCAAUCUUGCCUGCUCCCCGCCCAAAGGGGAGAUGCUGCUGUGUGGAUGUGGCUUUGUGCCAGGCUGGCCUGAGACCUGACAAACUUGUUUCGUGCCAGCUGCAGCCCGGCCCAAGGACACCUCCUGUACUGGGGUGGAGAUGGGGGUACUGCUCGCAGCACCCCCGCGGUGGAGGGGCCGGUUGGACCCAGGGCUGAGGGUGCAUCCUGGUGCCCCCCUUCCAUGGCAGGACUGGGGGCAAAGCUCACUUGGGGAGCAGGUUCACAAAGGCUCUUCCAAGUGCCUGGGCAGAGCAGGUCAUGACCCUGGAUGCAGGGAGACUUCCCGUACCUUAACCAUCAGGAAGUCUGGAGCAUCUGGGGUGGACAGAUAGGGGUGCCAGGCAGGGAGACCCAUUCUGACCUCUCCCACUUCAUCCCAGGGGGACCCUGUGACCAGUGUCACCUGAGCCCUGACAUUUUGCCCCCUUGCACACUGCCCAGUUCGCUGUGACUCUGGGGCUGGCACUGCUAGGGGACCCCCACAGCGCUGUCCCUGUGGCCCAGGUCAGAUCAGUGUGGGGGGCUGGCAGGCACAAACCAGCCUUGCAUCAGGGCAGGGUGGCAGAGUCCCUACUGUGGCGGUGACACCAGGGCUCAGUGAUGCCAAGCCAGCUGCCCUCUCCACCUCCCCAGCAAUGAGGGUGCCAGGGACAGUUGCUUUGCAUGUUUGUCCCCCAAAACACUGCACUGUGACCCUGCCUUGGUGGGAGAGCUUGGGGCUGAGGUGAGGAUCAGCUAUAGGGUCAGCAAUUGCUGCCCAUGCCAGCGAGCUGGGAGGUGCAAGACAAGCUAAGCCCGCCCCAGCUCGACCUGCGGAGCGGAUUUAGCAGAGGAAAGAGGCUUAGGGAGGGGAUUGGGGUUGUGCCGGGAUGCCCCCCCCCGCCCCACAUGCCUAUGUCUUUCCUUUUCAAACAGCCAUUGCUGCAGACAGAGGCUCAGAGCAGGGGAUGCCCUGUGCUGGGGGGCAGGAUCAGACCAUGGGGCCAGGCUCUGGGAGCCCAGAGGUGGCAGUGAGGAGGAGCCUGGCACCUCGGCCUCCCCGGCCACCCCUGCCACAGGGGUCCCCAGUCCUUCGUGCUGGCCCCCCGAGACCUCCUGCUUGCUCCAUCCGGCCAACCAAGCAGCAUCAGGUGCCAGCACCGAGGGAGAGGCUGAGCUGUAGCAUGCAGGCGGAGGAGGGCACGGACUGGCUGCUGGAGCUGCUCACCGAGCUGCAGCUGCAGCAGUACUUCCUGCGCAUCCGAGACGAGCUCAAUGUCACACGCCUCUCCCACUUCGAGUACGUCAAAAAUGAGGAUCUGGAGAAGAUCGGCAUGGGACGCCCCGGCCAGCGGCGGCUGUGGGAGGCAGUGAAGCGGAGGAAAGCCAUGUGCAAGCGGAAAUCCUGGAUGAGCAAGGUGUUCAGUGGGAAGCGCCUGGAGUCGGAGCUGCCGCCCCAGCCCCAGAGUACCUUCCGCAAGCCCCCCACGCCACCACCCCCUGAAGCUGGGGGCCAACACUCCCUCACCUGCCUUGUGCGGGAGCGGGACCUCUCGAUCUUUGAGAAGCUGGGUGACGGCUCCUUUGGUGUUGUGCGUCGCGGCGAGUGGUGCACGCCUGCCGGCAAGACGCUGAAUGUGGCAGUGAAGUGCCUCAAGACAGAUGUGCUGAGCCAGCCAGAGGCACUGGACGACUUCAUCCGGGAGGUGAAUGCCAUGCACUCCCUGGACCACAGGAACCUCAUCCGCCUGUAUGGUGUGGUGCUCUCCCACCCCAUGAAGAUGGUGACAGAGCUGGCCCCACUGGGUUCCCUUCUGGACCGCCUGCGGAAGAACCAGGGCCAUUUCCUCAUCUCCACCCUGUGCCAGUAUGCCAUCCAGGUGGCCAAGGGCAUGGCCUACCUGGAGUCCAAGCGCUUCAUCCACCGCGACCUGGCUGCCCGCAACAUCCUGCUGGCCUCCAAUGAGCUCGUCAAGAUUGGGGACUUCGGACUGAUGCGGGCCCUGCCCAAAAAUGAUGAUCACUACGUGAUGCAGGAGCAUCGCAAGGUCCCCUUUGCCUGGUGUGCUCCUGAGAGCCUGAAGACCCGCACCUUCUCCCAUGCCAGUGACACCUGGAUGUUCGGAGUGACCCUCUGGGAGAUGUUCACCUAUGGUCAGGAGCCUUGGAUCGGCCUCAAUGGCAGCCAGAUCCUGCACAAGAUAGACAAGGAGGGUGAGCGGCUGCCGCGGCCUGAGGACUGUCCCCAGGACAUCUACAACGUCAUGCUGCAGUGCUGGGCACACAAGCCUGAGGACCGACCCACCUUCGUGGCCUUGCGAGACUUCUUGGUGGAGGCUCAGCCCACCGACAUGAGAGCGCUGCAGGACUUUGAGGAGCCAGACAAGCUGCACAUCCAGAUGAACGACAUCAUCACGGUCAUCGAGGGCAGGGCCGAGAAUUACUGGUGGCGGGGUCAGAAUAAACGGACCCUAAAAGUUGGCCAAUUUCCCCGAAACACGGUGACCUCGGUGGCAGGGCUGUCAGCCCACGACAUCAGCCAGCCGCUUAAAAACAGCUUCAUCCACACAGGCCAUGGAGACACCAACCCGCAGCACUGCUGGGGGUUUCCCGAUAAAAUUGAUGAGCUGUACCUGGGAAAUCCCAUGGACCCUCCUGACAUUUUAGGUGUGGACCCGAGCGCUGCCAGACCUACACAGCUUCCAGGGAGGGCUAAAAGGCAGCCUCCUCCACGCCCACCUCAGCCUACCGUCCUGCUCACCAAGCCUUGCUACGACCCGGUCAGUGAGGAGGAGGAGGGUCUGCCAGGGGGUCUCCGGAAGCUCUGCCUGAAGAAGCCAGGCACAGGGAAGGGUCUGCGACCAGUCAAGCCAUCAGCACGAGUACCGGGCACCAAGGUGGGCGAGCGGCAACCCGGACGGCUGGCAAGCGAGGGGCUGGCAAGCAGCGAGGUGACCCUCAUUGACUUUGGGGAGGAAGUGCCCCAGGGUAGCCCCUCUCCAGUGGGGGAGCUGACAGCCCCAUCGUUAGCCAAGCUGGCCAUGGAGGCCUGCUCUUUGCUGGACAAGACCCCACCACAGAGCCCCACGCGGGCUCUUCCUCGGCCUCUCCACCCCACGCCAGUGGUGGACUGGGACGCCCGGCCGUUGCCCCCACCGCCUGCCUAUGAUGACGUGGCACAGGAUGAGGAUGAUAUUGAGGUCUGCUCUAUCACUAGCCCUCCAAGCCGGCGGGGCAAGACCAACUAUGGCUUUGUGGAUGAGAGUGAGCGGGGACCAGCACUGGAGGACAACCUCUUCCUGCCCCCCAAGGAGACCAAACAGCCCAGCAUGACGCAGACCACCGAGCUCUUCGAGGAGCUGCAGCAGGAGUGCAUGAAGAGGCUCAACGUCCCUCUGGGACCGGCCACCCCAGCUGACGACAAGCCCCAAAUCCCGCCCCGUGUCCCAAUCCCACCCCGGCCCCUUCGCCGCAAUGAGCCUGGGCGCUGGUCAGGGGACCUUUCCCCAGCUUCGGGGGGCGAGGAAGACCGGCCGCCCCAGAUCCCUCCACGGGACCCACUGUCACAGCCCACUUCCCGGACACCCAGCCCCAUGGCUCUGCAGGUGGGCUCUCCCCAGCAACGUGCUGCCCUCUGCUCCUGCCUCUCCACCUCACCAGGGAAGCCCAUGCCCACCACACAGAGCUUUGCCCUUGACCCCAAAUACGCCACCCCCAAGGUCAUCCAGGCACAGGGCAAGGACUGCUCCAAGGGACCCUGCAUCCUGCCUAUCGUGAAGGAUGGGCAGAAGGUCAGCAGCACUCACUACUACCUGCUGCCCGAGCGCCCUGCCUACCUGGACAAGUAUGAGAAGUUUUUCAAGGAGGCUAAAAGCCCUGAGGAGGUGCCAGCAUCCCGCCAGGUCACCACAGCCACUGUCCGUCCCAUGGUGCAGCAGCCACUGCCAGACUGCAAGGCCAACUUUUCCUCCAACAACAGCAACCCUGGGCCCAAGUGCCUGGUGAAAGCCUCCUGCAGCCUCCAGAAGAUCGUUUAUGACGGGCCAGAUGUUUGCCGUCCUGCUGACAAGAUCCGGCUGGUGCAGGAGACGGUGCAUGGCGUGACCACCGAGGAGUGUCAGGCAGCCCUGCAGAACCACAACUGGAACAUCCAACGGGCCAUCCAGUACCUGAAGGUGGAGCAGCUCUUCUGCCUGGGGCUGAAGUCCCGUAUGGAGUGCCAGCGGGUGCUGGAGAUGUUCGACUGGAACCUGGCACAGGCUAGCUCCCACCUCCUCGAUCCCUACAGCACCACCCGCCAGAAGUGGUGACAGCGGGGACAGGGCGAGCUGUGUCUAAUCCAGAGCAGGCAUCUCACCACGGGGCCAAUCCCCCCACCUCCACCCACGCAACCUGCUGCAGGACUCUGGACUGAGCCCCCACUUGGAGGGUGGAGACAUCCCAAAAGGGACCCUGCCCAGCACCACAGACUUUCCAGGGUGCUUGUGCCCUGGCCUUGGCAAUGGGCUCCGUCCCCUGGCCCCUUGUUGAAUUGUUUUUGUAAAGAGAAAUGUAAUUUUAAUAUAUAUAUUAUGUGUAUAUAUAAAAAUAUUCUAUGGA